AUGGAGACCAUAAACAGAGCCCUCGACUCCGCUUCGCAUGCUAUCUGGGGUGAAACCCACCCCCAGCACCAGCAGCACGGCGAAGAACCUCUCUCCGGAGUCCAAGGACAAGGGAAAGCUACAGACCCCUAUGAUGCCGGAAACCGCGAUGUCCAACCCGACGCCCCCUCCACAAAAUCCCCAACAGCAACCACACCUGCCUCCCAAAAGAAAUCCGUCCUAGACCCUACCGGCCGCUCCUCCGAGCCUCUCAGCCCCGCCAUCAGCGAAGACGCAGACCCGCAAAUCGGAGGAUACCCCCGCCCGGGAACCGGCAACGGCUUUACACCAGCGGGACUAGCUUCCGGCGUUCCAGAGGAACCAGGUCUAGAUGCGGAUCCAGUGCUUGAUGGUGGUGAGUCGUCGGGGGUUGAUCCGAAGAGCGUGAGUCAGGCCCAGAGACACAGCCAGAACCAAUACCAGGGGAUGGCGAAUGCGACGGGUGUUCCGGAGGGUGAGCAGAGGACUGUUAUGGGGAAUAAUCCGCCUGGGUUGAAUUCGAGGACAAGUAUGGGUCCUGGGUUGGGGGCGAUGGGGGAGCCUAGUGCUGCUGUGGCUGGGGGUUCUGCUGGUGGUGCCGCUGGUGGUGGUGCUGGUAUUGGUGGUGGCGCUGCUGCCGCGGGAAGUACUGCCGGACGAGGUGACAGCAGCACCGGCCAGGCUGCUGAGCAGAGGGCUAGUAGUGGUGGUGGCGGUGAGAGUGUUCAAUAUGGCAAGCCAUCCGGUGAAAAUGACCAUCAGGUUAGCGAGGAGGCGCUCAAGGGUCCGCAGGGGCCGCCUCCGAAGCAGUAUGAGUUUGAGAAGGAGAUGGAGGAGAAGCCUGCUAGUAAGGGUGCUGGUGGGGGACAAUCUCAACCCCAAGGAGGGAAAUCGGCCCAGAACGGGAACGGUGGCCAUCACCAUUUCAAGGCUAUGGAGAAGAUGAAGGAGAAGAUGGGUAGAGCUACCAAGGCUGGAACUCAUAAGUAG